UUGAAGCCAAAGCACGUGGAGUUCGAGCCGACGUGGAAUCAGAUCCGCUCGACUGUCGAGAAAGUGAUUGUCUUAAAGCACGUCCACAGAAGCGAAUGGAAUGACCGCUUCCCAGACUUGUAUCAACUCUGUGUCGCCUUCCCCGAACCAUUGGGUGAUCGCGUAUAUCAGGAGACGAAGACAUUUCUGGACCAACACGUCAAACAGCUCUACCAAUCAGUGGUGAAGUCGUCGCACGAGAGCCUGUUGUCCGCAUACCAUCAACAGUGGCUUAUAUACCGCGAAGGUGUCACUUAUAUGAAUAUACUUUACAUGUAUUUAAAUACACAACACAUUAAGAAACACAAGUACUCGGAGGCGGACCUCUCGUACGGAUGCGUCGACUCGAGUGAACAGAUGCUUGAGAUCGGAGAACUGGGUCUUCACCUGUGGAAAGUGAAUAUGAUUGAACCCCUCAAAGACAGUUUGGUUGCGCUACUACUGGAGGCCAUCGAGGCUGAUCGCAUGGGUUUAUCGCAGAACAAGUCUGUAGUUCAGGGCGUUAUCCUAUCGCUGGUUCACGUGGAGGAGUACAAGAAGAAGGGUUCGCUCGACUUAUACCAGAAUCUGUUUGAGAGUCGAUUCCUUCGGUCGACGGGAGAGUACUAUAAGCGAGAAGCGGACGAAUUGCUCACUUCGUGCGACUGUUCCUCAUAUAUGGAGAAAGUGUUGACCAAAUUGGACGCCGAGAAUCUCAGGUCCAGGAGUUUUCUGCACUCGUCGUCGUACCCACGGGUGACCUCCGAAUGCGAGGCCCGUAUGGUUGGCGACCACUUGACGUUUCUGCAGUCCGAGUGCCAGUCAAUGGUCCACAACGAGGCCCGAAAGGAUCUCCAGAAUAUGUAUCGUUUGCUUAAACCUAUCGAUUCUGGACUACAAGUGCUCGUCACUGAAAUUCAGUCGAGCGGAUCUGAUUCCACGUCGGCUCGAACUCCACGUGCUUUGGCUUCAAAGACAUCACCACUGGAUGUGUCUCUCGGAUGUGUGUAUAUAUGUGUGGACUUCGAGAUGGAUGUGUCAAUCAAAAGACUGGAUCAGUUGUAG